CCAGUUUCCAUUUUCAAGAGUCUCUUUUUGAGUAUCUGAGGCGUCUCAUGCAUCCUCUCUCUUCUCUCUUUAAAACUCCUUAUGAAUUUUUGACAAACCAUUAAAAAACUUUUCCUUUCUUUCGAUUUUGUACUUUGAUCUUCGUUUUCUGUUAAAUUUUGCAAGAUUUUCUCUGCAUUUCCAUUUCUUCAGAUUAAAUAAUAUUUGACUUCUUCCUGUCAGCUGCUUGAUCAAUUAGUAUAUUUUUGCUCAUUAAAAGAAUGUUAAGUUUAAAGAAAUCUCCAUUGAAGACUGCUAAGCACAAUUCAGUUGAUCCUGGGCUUGUUGCUCCUCGGUCCAACCCUUUUGAUUCUGAUGACGAGUUGGACAAUAAGCAAACCCUUAAACCUUCCAGAAGAACUUCUUCUGAACCUGCGCUGAAUCCUCCUAAUUUUGGGACUAAUCCUUUUGAUGAUGAUGAAGAGAAAGUGAAAUUUUCUUCUUCUUCUUCUUCAUAUUGGCAAACUUCAGCGUCACGGAACAAGUAUAAGAAUGAUUUCCGUGACUCCGGAGGAGUAGAGAACCAAUCAGUGCAGGAAUUGGAGAACUACGCUGUCUACAAGGCUGAGGAGACUACAAAGACUGUGAAUAACUGUGUGAAGAUUGCAGAAGAAAUGAGAGAGGGUGCCACCAAGACUUUGACCACCUUACAUCAGCAGGGUGAGCAAAUUACCAGGACCCACAAUGUGGCUGCUGGCAUAGAACAUGACCUUAGUCGGGGUGAGAAGCUUUUGGGAAGUCUUGGAGGCAUGUUCUCAAAAACUUGGAAGCCGAAGAAGGCUCAUACAAUACGAGGCCCUGUUAUAACAAGAGAUGAUUCACCAAAGAGAAGGGGUGGCCACUUGGAACAGAGGGAGAAGCUGGGAUUGAAUCAUGUUCCUAGGGGACAUUCCAAAUCUCAAACACCACCCCCUGAACCCACAAAUGCAUUUCAAAAAGUUGAGGUUGAGAAGGCAAAGCAGGACGAUGCUCUCUCCGAUUUAAGCGAUCUAUUGGAAGAGCUGAAGGAUAUGGCCAUUGAUAUGGGAUCUGAAAUUGAGAGGCAAAAUAAAGGCUUGAAUGGUCUCCAAGAUGAUGUGGAUGAGCUAAAUUUCCGUGUGAAAGGUGCCAAUCAACGUGCUCGUAGAUUACUUGGAAAGUAGAUUUUCUCUCAAGAUUUUGCUUCUGAGACUUGCUUGCUAAUGCUCUGCCAUCCUUUCUAACCCUUCUGUUUCUCCUACAUUGGUAGACAGUUCACCUCUUUACCAUUGUUUUUUUGUUGGUUUAUCAAUUUUCCCCUUUCAUUCUUUCUACUUUCUAGUCUUAUGACAAACAUUAAACAAAUAUAAAGGAUAAAUCGAGUCUAACUCAGUUGAUUCGUACAAUCACUUUUAAAAUGUAAUCUUUAGUUAUCUAAAGUUAAAAUUUCAGUACU